GAAGGAGGUGCUACUGCUGAGGUGUACCGACCAUGAUCGGAUAGACAAAGCAGGAAAAACAUAUUUUCCACGUUUUACUGAGUACAACGCAGAAGAGAUACAGCCACAGAGAUGGAGCCAGGCUCACCAGUCAGUGCUGUGAGAAGCCAAAGGGUGCUCUGUGGCAAUGACAUUCGCCCCGCCCUCAUUCUCAUCAGAGAGGGGAAAAUCUCCAAGAUACUUCCUGACACCAGCCUCGAUGUGGAUGCUGCAUGCCAGGUUUUGGAUGUUGGCGACAGGUUGGUGAUGCCAGGUGUUGUGGACUGCCAUGUCCACGUGAAUGAACCCGGCCGCACCACCUGGGAGGGCUACUGGACCGCCACACGGGCUGCAGCCGCAGGUGGGGUCACCACCAUAGUGGACAUGCCUCUCAACAGCAUACCCCCUACCACCACCCUGAGCAACUUCCAGGAGAAGAUGAAAGCAGCCACGGGACAGUGCUUUGUGGAUACAGCAUUUUGGGGAGGGGUUAUUCCAGACAACCAGCUGGAGCUCCGGCCCAUGAUCCAGGCGGGAGUGGCCGGCUUCAAGUGCUUCCUGAUCCACAGUGGGGUGGAUGAGUUCCCACACGUGACCGACGGCGACCUGCACGCAGCCAUGAAGCAGCUACAGGGCACUGGGAGCGUGCUGCUGUUUCAUGCUGAGAGGGAGGUCCAACAGCCAUCAGGAGAAGACGGAGAUCCGAGUGAAUACUCCACAUUCCUGAAAUCCAGACCGGACAUCAUGGAGCUUGAGGCCAUCAACGUCGUGGCACAGCUCUGCCAGCAGUACCAAGUGCGAUGCCACAUCGUGCACCUCUCCUCUGCCCAGCCGCUGGAGGUCAUCCAGGCCGCGCGACAGGCCGGCGCCCCUCUCACGGUGGAGACCACACACCACUACCUCACCCUCUCAGCUGAAGACAUACCCGCCAAGGCCACUCAGUACAAGUGCUGUCCGCCCAUCAGAGGGCAAGCCAAUCAGGAGCAGCUGUGGUCAGCACUGAAAGCUGGACAUAUUGACAUGGUGGUGUCAGACCACUCCCCCUGCACCCCCGAUCUCAAGAGGCUGGCCAGCGGAGAUUUCGUUCAGGCGUGGGGCGGGAUCUCCUCCCUGCAAUUCGGUCUGUCUCUGUUCUGGACCAAGGCCAGUAAGAAAGGCUUUUCACUGCCUGAUGCGGUGAAGAUCCUCUGCCAGAGACCAGCACAGCUCUGCAGCCUGGACAAGCAGAAGGGAAGCCUCAUUCCAGGCUAUGAUGCUGACCUUGUAAUCUGGGAUCCGGAGAAAGAGUUUGAGGUGAAAGACGAAAACAUACACCACAAAAACAAGUUAACACCGUACCUUGGCUUCAAGCUGCUAGGGGAGGUAUAUGCCACCAUAGUCCGGGGGAAGAUUGUCUACAAGCAAGGUUCCUUCUCCUCUCAGCCUUUGGGGAGGCACCUCCUGGUCUCCCAGGCAAAGACCCAGGCAUCACUAUGAAAGAGGAUGCGACUUGCAUUAUUUUUUCAUUGUUGUAAUAGUUAACUAGAUUUUAAAACUAUCAUAUAGUUUCCAGCAGACAACGGAAUGAGUAAUGAGGAAUGUACACUUUUUGUACACAAUUGCCACAUGCUCAUACAUUUUUCAUUAAAAUUGUGUUAAUGAUAAUAACUAUGUUGAUAAAAUAUCCAAUGUUCAAUGAAAAGCCUCCUAGCAUCACAGGUCAACAUUAUUAUGUAUUCUGAGUGUGUAACCCAUAAAUAUUAAAUAAAAUAAGUGGUGUCAAUGUC